CUUGCGGCCCAAGCAACGCAGCCGCGCGAAGUGAGCGAUAGAGAGAGAUGGGGUGGAAGUGGGUGGACGACGAGGCUUCGGGCCGGGGCUUCGGCGAUCUCGCGGGCCCUAACCUGAACCCUAGCGAGGAGGGGUUCUCGACGCGGAGGGUGGUCCGAUCGAGCUGCCGGACGGAGGAGGUGGAGCCUGGCAGGUUCGUGCGCAAGUGCGAGAAGACAGAGCAGCUGCUGAGGGAUUGCGUUGGCAGGCCUCCACAGGUAGUUGAAUCAAACACUGAGCAUACUGAAGUCGAUGUCACUGAAGAAAUGAACAAGGGACUCAUUCCUUUUGACUCCCCUUCCCCAGAGCCCUUCACUUUUCCGGGGUUUCAACGUGAUAUUGGGGGCAUCGAAAGAACGUUAUUUGGAGGAUUCAGGAAUUUCAUGGAGGCCGCUGAGGAGAUGAUGUCCAAUGAGUUCUUCCCAUCAAUGAGAGAUCCUUUUCAGCAUUGGAGGGAAUCAACGACAUUUGGUUGCCCUGGGCCAUCUGAUAAGCAACUGAAGAAAGACCAUCCGUCCCAACCAAGUGAAUCAGGUACCUCUGACUAUAUAGGGCAGAUGAGCGAUGUAUAAACAAUAACACUUCUGCUUUGCUCUAGACUGAGUGCUAUUCUAUGGCAACAUAAGUUCUGACAAAUAAACAAAUGUCACACUUGAUGAUUGUGCUAGAUAGUACCCUUUGUCUGAAGCACUUUUCCAUGCAAACCUUUUAUCAGUAUAUUCUUAGUAAUCUAAAGAAUAAUUUUCAUUCAA